AUGUCUCUAACAGCUUUCUCGCAGGGUUGGCGAGCUUCCAGCCGCAUCGUCCACUCGGCCACGAGAUCAUCUUUCUCCACAAGCACGAAACUCGGGGCAUACGAAGACACGAUCAAAAACCUCAAGAUCGGGAAACACACGCGCGUUCUCUAUCAAGGCUUUACAGGAAGACAAGCUACAGCAAAUGCCAAAGAGUCUAUAGCAUACGGCACGAAUGUAGUCGGUGGUGUCAAGCCAGGUACUACUGGCGAACAUCUAGGACUACCUGUCCUACCCGAUGUCCGUACAGCCGUCAAGGAGCUCAAACCCGAUGCAAGCGCCAUAUAUGUACCUGGAAAUGGCACCGUCGCUGCCAUGGAGGAAGCAAUUGAGAACGAAAUAUCUUUAAUCGUAGCAGUCGCCGAACACAUUCCUUUGCACGAUGUUAUGCGCGUCCAACAGAUUCUCAGAACUCAAUCGAAGACCCGUCUCGUUGGUGCCAACUGUCCCGGCAUCAUCAAUACGUGGGGACGUUGUAGACUUGGCUUCCAACCUCUGCCAUUCUUCAAAGACGGCAAUAUUGGUAUAGUUGCAAAGUCCGGCACCUUGAGCUACGAAGCCGUUGCAUCGACCACUCGAGCAGGACUCGGUCAAACCUACUGCAUCAGUAUGGGAGGUGAUAUUCUUGCAGGCACAAACUUUGUCGAAGCACUCGAGAUUUUCGAACAUGACGAUCAGACUGAGGGUAUCGUUUUGGUAGGAGAGAUUGGUGGUCGUGCCGAAAUAGACGCAGCUGAAUGGAUCAGAGCAUACAAGAAACGAACAGCCAACCCUAAGCCCUUCAUGGCUGUUAUCGGUGGAGUCGAGUCACCCACCGGUCGAGUUAUGGGUCAUGCUGGUGCAUGGAGAUCGCCAGGCGAUGCUACUGCUCGAGAGAAGAUUGCGAUCUUAGAGAAAGAAGGCGUCGUAGUAGUCGACCACCCUGAAAAGCUGGGUGAAGGCAUGAAGAAGCUCCUUGCAGGACGAAGCUCUGGCGCAGGCGGGAAGGCUGCCUCUGGACCUGGAGCCAUGCAAAAGAGAGGAUAUCAUACCAUGCGGACAAGGCCAACGAUUGUUGCAAGCAACUCACCCACAGCCGCACAGAAGAGGACGUUGAUUUUGAAGCCACAACAAGCUCUCGAUAUGCUACGUGAUAGAGGAGUCAAGAUCGCAGAGUCCAAGGGAAGUGGCAAGAUGCUUGCUGUGUCUAUCGAUCGGUCGAAGCGAAUGCCUGCUAUUGUUGCCUCACCUACCUCCGAACCGAGCCAAAUGUUUCCCCAAUCCCGAAGAUACGAAUUCGAAUAUGGCAGCAAUGACGCGAGUGCGGAUGAGAUGAUAACAAAAGUUGCAGAACGCUUGCAGGUCUCCGACAAUGCAAAGCCAGCAUUAAAGGAGUUGAUUGGCAAUCUUGUAGAUCUUUACAUGACAAAAGAGGCUCAAGCCUUACGAACAAAUAUUGCAGUAUCUGAAACCGGUGAGAUCGAGGUCACCGAUGCUCAAUUCAGAUUCGACGAUGCAGCAUUUCGAAGCUCGAAACGUCAGCAGGACAUACACCAACUGCGAGACAUUGAAUCCGAGGUACCUGAAGAGGUCGCCGCUGAGAAAGAAGGAAUGGCUUAUGUUAAGAUGUCUGGUCCGGGUACAUUAGGCACGAUAGUGAAUGGCGCAGGUCUUGCUAUGAACACUGUCGACGCUUUGAUUGCACGAGGUGGCCACCCUGCGAACUUCUUGGAUACUGGUGGAAAAGCUACCAAAGAGACUAUCAAGGCCAGCUUCCAAAUCGUCACAUCAGACCCAAGAGUCAAAGCGAUAUUCGUCAACAUUUUCGGUGGACUUACGCUGGGCGACAUGAUCGCAAAUGGUAUUCUUCUGGCUUUUAAGGAUCUUGACCUGAAGGUUCCUGUGGUUGUGAGAAUACGCGGCACGAAUGAAGCAGACGGACAGAAGUUGAUUCAGGAGAGUGGCUUGAAGAUUGAUGCGUUUGACUCGUUCGAAGAAGCCGCGGAACGAGCAAUCAAGCUCGCCAACGAUGCCUCGUGA